AUGUUGCUCUGCCGCAAUACGAAGCUGAUCGAAGAUAUCAAGCUCUUUAUACGCUUCUCCUGCAUCGCGGAUCUUAUCUUUGCUAAUAACAUCUUUCUCUUUGUAGAAAAGAUCCUUAUCAAAGGCCAGAGCUUUGUUGUUAAGUAUCAAGCUCUUGAAAUUUUCGAACACCUGCAUGAUCUUAUUGAGGUUUUUGGCUUGCAGUGGAUAGAGCUUUAA